AUGGAAUCUGAUUUAUCUGGCAACAUAGAGGUUAAAGAGAGUGGUACCUCAACAAAGAAGAAAGGGAUCAUGGCCAUAAAUCUGUCAAAUGUGAAUGCCAGAGAAUGGUUUCAGAAACAAAGAGACUCCAUCAAACCAUGGGCAGAAUUUGCAAACACAUCAAAGUUCAGGAUCCCCAAAUCUCUCACGCCUAUUGGACCUAGGAUUAUAAAAAACAUAGAACACUACCAGGCCAAUUAUAUAUUUGUCUUUUUGGGACUUGUAUUCUUUUGCAUACUUACCUCCCCCCUUCUCCUUGUGGCCAUAGCAGCAAGUUUGGGGGCCUGUUAUAUUGUGAAUCUGAAAAAUCAAGAAGGCAAAGUCAAAGUGUUAGGACGUGAACUGAGUCUCGCCCAAACAUACUGUGCUAUAGGUGUCGCUUCUUUCCCACUGUUCUGGUUAGCUGGAGCAGGAUCUGUCGUCUUCUGGAUAAUUGGUGCCUCUUUUUUGUCUAUAAUGCUUCAUGCCUCAACACAUUUGACUCAAUCUGAACAAGAAACUGUGGAACUUUUGGACAUGGAGACAGUUUAAUAGAAAGACAUUGGCCUCUGGUACAUAUGGACCCAACAUAGGAACAAGCUUAUAUACUUGCAGUAUUUUACAUAUCCAUGAACUUCGGCAAUUAGAAUAAACAAUUUCUAGAUUUACAAAUACUGAGAGUUGUUUGAAUCUUAUACUGUUAAUGAUCAGACCUAUAGCCAGGUUGGGUUCAGGGGGUGAGAGUGGACCCCCUCCCCUGAACGAAAAUUCUUUCAAAAUCAUGCAUUUUUCACCAUUCUAAGCAUUAUCAGGUGAUUUUGGGGCGAAAUGGUCAAAUGUGAACCUCUGGAAUUUUUUAAUAAGUGAACCCCCUUGCAAAAGCUGGCUGAUGAUUAACAGUAGAAAAU